CAAAAGUGUCUUGACUUCUGCUUAUUCGGAAACAUAUUAGACGGAACAGAAAAAAAAAGUUGACGAACGACUCGCAGCAGCUUUCUUACUUAAGAGGUCUUAAAUAUUUUUGUUUUAUUUUGCCAUAAAAAUAAAAAAAACAACGAUCAAAACCGGAACUUUAACAAAACUUCCUGGUGCCAAUUUGGAAAACAGACACCUAAGUAAGAUUAUCGUUACGUGUGAUCUGCUUAAAAGAUGUCUGUGGAGGCUGCCUCUGUACCCCUGACUGCGCUGGCGUGGGCUUCAGGCAGCAGCACCUGUCCCAACGAUUUUAAACUGAUUUCCACGACUUUCGAUGGAUCUAACGCAAACUUCGGGAAAGGAUUCGGGAUGAAAUCAAGUUACUACCUCUGCUGCAGUUCGAAGCCCCAGGGCAGCGUCAUCACGGAUAUCCAGUUUGUCUCGGAGAAGGAAUCCCUGCCGUCUGGAUUCUAUUACAUCGCAGAGUUCCUGGAGCCCAGGGCGUCUGUUUCCAAGAAGAAGCGUCUGUGUGUGAAGUCAGUCUCCUUCAACACUGCAGACGUGGCCGUGCUGGAUGUGCAGCUAACAGCCAAGAGCAAAGUGAUCCUGCCACACUACACAUGCAUCGGCGACAUGAAUGGCUUUGUGCUGUGGUGCAAGAAGGGGAGGGUGAGACCUCUCCCCAAACCCCGCAGCAUCAACCUGGACAUGAGGGAGCUGUCACUGGAGAAGGGGGAGGCGGAGCCACAGAGCCCCGCCUACAACAGCAGUGCAGCCUCCAGGCCCGUUCACCCCAACAAGCUGAGCAAACGUCGGAGCACUCUGGAGAUCAAAGAGGGGGUGUACGACACUGGCAACAUCUACAGCAUCUCAGCUAUGGACGGAGUGCCCUUUGCUCUGCACCCGAAGUUUGACUGUCAGCCCAUUGGCAAUGUACCCCUGGUCAACCUAAACAACAUUCAGAUCAAAUCAAUCACUGACAUAGAAAACGAGUACAACUACAGCUUCACAGUGGAGAAGACGGCAGCUGACAGACCUCAAUUCCGGAGUGCGCUGCAGUCACUGGAAGCAUGAAGUUCAAGCACAGCGACUGGCUUGUAGCUAACGCAAUCAUUCCACGAGCCUGCAUUGCACUUCCAUUAGCUACGCAGCUCUUAAGUGUGUGUGUGUGUGUGUGUGUGUUACACAAAGGCUGCAUUUUCACUUUAAAACAUCAUAUCUGGUACUGCUUUCGGUUAUAGAAAGUUCUCAGUUUCUACGCCUUGUUCUUAGGGUAUCUGGUGCACUUGGAUCAUUUUCAUCGCUGCAGUGUCUCUGAGGUCAAAGCAUGCUAGUCAACUGGGGAAGCAGCAGCUGGUUGGCUGAUGACAGGAAAGAAGCCAGUAAAGGGGUGGGGACAAUUUCACCCUCCAGGAUACCAAGCAAGUGCAACGCUAACUGAAAACAUGGCUUGAAAGUAGAGGUUCUAUAUAGCAAGUUUUUAAAAUGAAAAUACACGUGUUUCUUUCAAAACUGCACAUUUGAGACCUGUAUCUCCCCGUCAGUCAUGAUUUUGUUAUUUACAUUUUUAUAUAUUUUAAAACAGUUUGUGUGAACUCUUUGACAAAACGUCUAUGCCUUAUAAAAUAGAUACAUAGAUAGGAAACUUACCACGGUACAGUUCUGUACGCAGUGACUGAAGGGGAUAGAAGCAAUGGAAGUGCAAGCAAAAAAAACCCCAGAAGAUAAUCAAUACUGAACUAGAAGCUAAUCAAUAAUCAAAUCUCUCUCUCGUGCAAUAGAAGUCUUUUCUGGCUAGUUACAAUCAUUUUAUUCCUUUCUGAAAACUGUGUGCUUACUUCGAAUCAGGGACCCCUACAGUAUCUGUAAUGAAAUAUAAUCAGCGUUAAGAUAUUAUCUUCAAUAACCUUGCAACCUUUCUUGCUAUUUAGGUAAGAUACGCACAAAAAAGCUUUUUCCGUAUCACUGGGUCCAAGGGAGGCACUGAACUCCUCCACAAUCCAAAGCCUCCCCAAACUGCAGGAUCAUAUUUGUAGAUCUCCUUAUAUUGCAAAACCGCUCUGAGACCGGAACGCAGAACCCGGGUCACAAGAAUGACAAUUUAAAAAUAAAUGCAAACUCACAACACAAGCUGUAGUUUGAUACGUUCUAGUCAAUAUUUCUUAACAGAAUUAUUUUUUUUUUUUUUAAAAAUCAUUUUGGCUACAAACUGUUUUGUCCUGUUUUGAGGGCAGUCAAGUUAGACGCGCCUGUAAUCAGAGCAGUGAAAUUUCACACCGGCUAUGAAGCUCAACACACAGAAAAUGGAGCUUGAUCAUCACUGUGGGGAGGAAAACACCAAGAAAUGGAUCAUUUUUAGGCUUCGGUUUCUUAUUUUAUACUGCGGCGUCAUAAAAGCAUCUGAAGGGCUGUAUUUGCAGAAUUAAGUUACAUUUCGACUUAACCUUUGCAAUUAACAAAAUUAGAGUAAGUUAAAUAGUUAAAUAGCAGGUAGAUGCUACUCUCCAAAACAUUACAAAGCAGCCUGUCUUCAAAUGAGAGCAAUGGCACUUAAUGGGUUAAAAUGAGCAAACAUGCAUGCGUGAGCUUACAUAAGAUUCAAUUAAUACACUAUUUAAUUUGUGUAAGCAAAUUCCCAUCCCCAGACGUUUGUCUUUGUAGGUCAGUUUGAGCCUACAUUAGUUUUUAGAUCAAUGAUUGCAAUGGAGAGCCACUACAGAACAGAUUGCUGAAGCCUGUGCUUCACUAAAUAGUGCCUGUUACACUACCGGUCAGUGGACCUGAUCCAGCUUUACAUUCAUUUAGAGCAUUGACUUCUCACCAGUCAAAACCAGAGACUUGGCAAGCUUUUGUAAAUAAAGUGUGCAUUUUAUCUCAGUUGGAGAUCAAAGAUAAAACAGCCAAGUAGAUAAAUAUUGCAGCUAGUGCCAUCUUCAGUGCACUGUAAAAUACAUGCAAUAAGUGCAUCAGAAUAGCGUUUAUAUAUAUAUAUAUAUAUAUAUAUAUAUAAAAUUCAGUUUAAGUAAAGGCAUUCAUACGAUAUGAAAAAAGAACAGCACAAGAGGGUUGUAUUGCGAAUGGUAGCGCUCGUCUUUGUUAUACUGUUGUGACAGAGCAUACUAUGUAUAUAUUAAGCACACUAUGUAUAUGUCUGUGUAUAUUUCUGUGUAUACACAUUCCUUGUGACCUGUAUGUAUUCUGGUGAGAGGUGAUGGGUGUCUCAGAAAAUGUUAUUCUUGAAUUCUGUUCAAGAACAAAUUAAAUACAAGUGCCUCUUCUUUUCAGUUGA